AUGCAUCCGCCUCGGUCAUCAGCGCUGCUGUUAUCCUUUUUGUUGGCGCCCUUGAAUGCGGCGGCCAUGCUGAGCUGCAACAAGAUUCGAGUGGAUGAGCACAACUUUGAUCUCUCGCCGCUUGGAGGCCCGCAUUCGGUAGUGACGUCGCGAUUUGAGGCUAGCACGAACGCCCACUACAACACCACUUGGACCGUGGAUAUCUGCCAGCCGCUGAAGAAGAGCGGGAAGGCGAAGACGAAAGACGAGUGUCCGAAUGGAACCAGAGUCUGUGCCAUUUCCCAUUUUCUCAAGGGCGAUCAAGACGCAGUUACACAGGUGGUUGCUAUCGCAGGAGGGCUGGAAAAUGCCGGCGGAUCGCAAUUCGACUACGAGGCAACGCGGCUCAAGAGCAGCGACUCAAACUCCGAUGCCCAGAAGGAAGGCCUUCGACUAGUUCUCAAGGGCGGCAAACACCCUCUCACCGGCCCAGUCUCGGAGCGACGAAAUCAGAAGGCCGUCAUCGAGUUUAUCUGCGAUCCUGACAAGACGGGCACCGAGGGCGAAUGGACUUCUGAAGAUGAAUACGAAAAGGCCCCCAAGACAAAGCGACGAGCAGCGGAUGACAAGGAUGACAAAAAGGAGAAGGACGAUAAAGACGGAGACAAUAAAGACGACGAUGGAAAGACUGACUCGGCCAUCGAGCAUCAGCUGAAGAACGAAAAUGCUGCCCUCAUUUGGGAGGACUAUGCCAAAGAGAAGGAUGUCGACAUUCUCCGACUUACCUGGUACACCAAGUAUGCGUGUGAGAAGCGUGACGGAGGAAAGGACGGAGGAAAGGAUGAUGACCGCGAGCCCAGCGACUCCAGCGCCAGCUGGGGCUUCUUCACCUGGUUCGUUAUUAUCGUCUUCCUUGGCAUCGCGGCAUACCUCAUUUUCGGUUCUUGGCUCAACUACAACCGCUACGGCGCACGGGGUUGGGAUUUGCUCCCCCAUGGAGAUACCCUCCGCGACAUUCCUUACCUCCUCAAGGACUGGACACGCCGAGUGUUGAACACUGUCCAGGGCGCUGGCAGCCGGGGAGGAUAUAGCGCCGUCUAG